UUCUGUAGUGUGAAAGUUCAUCACCGGUUUGUUUUGACUUUGCAGGACGCAGUAUGCAUUUUUGCUAAACUUGAGAGUGUUAUAAAGCGGGUUUUGUUUAUAACUAAUGACGGGUUUAUGACACCGUGUCAGGAGAAGAGCUUUGGAUUGGUUUCAGACUGCUCAAUCAUGCUCAUGUGUAAACGGUGGGUGCUGUGCUCGCUGAAGGGUCAGUAUAGGAGCUUGAGCUCCUCAGCCUCCCGCAGGAGUGUCAUGCCCGCAUGGGUCAUCGACAAAUACGGGAAAAACGACGUGUUGAGAUUCACCAAGAACGCAGCGCUUCCGAUCAUCCACUAUCCCAAUGAGGUGAUCGUGAAGGUGCACGCGGCGAGCGUGAACCCCAUCGACAUCAGUAUGAGGGGUGGUUAUGGAGCAGCUACUAUGGCCAUGAAACGUGACCCACUGAACAUGAACCAGUCAGGCAGUGAGUUUCCUCUAAUCCUGGGGCGGGAUGUAUCCGGAGAGAUCAUGGAAUGUGGGCUAGAUGUGAACUACUUUAAACCAGGAGAUCAGGUGUGGGCCGCGAUCCCUCCGUGGAAGCAGGGCAGCCUGGCAGAGUUUGUAGUGCUCAGUGCCAAUGAGGUGUCACAUAAGCCCAAAUCACUGAGACAUGUUGAAGCAGCAUCCAUCCCGUAUGUGGCAGCAACAGCCUGGUCUGUCAUCGUCAAUACUGGUGGUCUGAAUAAAGACAACGGUUCUAAGAAACGUGUUCUUAUACUGGGAGGAUCAGGAGGAGUGGGAACCUUAGCAAUACAGAUGGUAAAGGCCUGGGGUGCCCAUGUGACUGUAACAUGUUCCCAGAAUGCCGAGCGUUUGGUGAGAGAUCUGGGUGCUGAUGAUGUCGUGGACUACACUGCUGGACCAGUCGAAAAACAACUACAGACAUUACAAAAGUUUGAUUUGAUUUUAGACAAUAUUGGGGGUGAAACUGAAAAAUGGGCACUCGAUCUCCUGAAACCCUGGAAUGGCGCUAAAUACGUUACUCUAGUAACACCGUUCCUGCAUAACACAGACCGACUGGGCCUCGCAGACGGAAUGAUGCAGUCUGGAGUCACCAUAGGAUGCAAAGUGCUGAAGCACCUCAGGAAAGGAGUGCACUACCGCUGGGGUUUCUUUGCUCCCAGCGGUCCUACGCUGGAUGAGAUUAGCGAAAUGGUUGAUGCUGGAAAGGUCCGUCCUGUGGUGGAGGAAGUGUUCUCAUUUGCUCACGUACCCCAAGCCUUUCAGAAAGUAGAACAGGGUCAUGCUCGUGGCAAAACUGUGGUUUCCAUCGCUGAGGACAAAAAAUAGUAGCUAUGGCUACCAAAAACAUAUGCCAGCCCAGGACUAUUUUUGAAAGUGUCCGUUGAAUUAAAAAUAUUUACCUAA